CAUAUUUGGCGAGCAUGCACACCCUGGCACAACCAUGCAAGAAACCACCAAAAACUUCGUGUUUCUACACAAAUUUCCCUUUCAUCUUUCGACUAUUAUCUGGAUUGGAUAUGAAUCCAAUUAUAAGGUGUUUACGGUCAUGUUUCUAGAAGGAUUGGCAGAAAACCACCAUAAACUGUAUGAUAGAGCUGGCUCAUGUUCUGUAUUCUCCACAUUCCUUGUAAGAAGCCUCACAUUUUCCCCCUGAAAGACAGAAAUAUCGGGACUUUGUGGGCAGAAAAAUAGUAUAAAUACACAGCUACUUCCCUUGGUUUUUCAUUAACAAAUUAAGGACACGUAGUAAAUCUCUCGAGUUAAUUAUGGCUACCAGCAACGUUGUUUGUGCUUUAGUUCUUUCCUCUCUGUUCCAUUUUCUUCUUGUUCCUGUAUCAAGUACUCGUGGAGUCAAUGUUCUUAAAAAAUGUGGGUUUAAAGCAAUUUAUCAGCUUGGGGAUUCUAUAGCUGACACUGGCAAUUUGAUUCGCGAAAAUCCUCUUUCUCCAUAUGCUUCAUUUCCUUAUGGUUUGAAACUCUCGAAGCCAACAGGCAGAUGCUCCAAUGGGUUGUUGAUGAUUGAUUACAUUGCACGCUCGGCUAAACUUCCCUGUCCUGGUGCCUACUUGAAUUCGGCAAGAAAAUUUUCCGGUGGCCGCGGUGGAGUGAAUUUUGCAGUUGCUGGUUCAACUGCCUUGCCUGCAGAAGUUUUAUCGUCGAAGAAUAUAAUGAACAUUGUGACAAAUGAAUCUCUUAGCACGCAACUUGAGUGGAUGUUCUCCUAUUUUAACACAACAUGUUCUAAAGAUUGUGCUAAAGAAAUUAAAUCAUCUCUCUUCAUGGUUGGGGAGAUUGGAGGCAAUGACUAUAACUAUGCUUUCAUGUUUAACAAGACCACUGAAGAAAUAAGUGCCUUGGUUCCCGAAGUUGUCAGAGCUAUAAAGGAUGCUGUUGCGAAAGCCAUUGGUCGCGGUGCUAGACGAGUGGUUGUCCCCGGAAACUUCCCGAUAGGUUGCUUCCCGGUUUAUCUUAGCCAAUUCCAGCCCAAUGAUGCUGCUGCUUAUGAUGAGUUCCACUGCCUCAAGGGGUUAAACUCUUUGGCAAGUUAUCACAAUGAGCUUCUCAAGCAAACCGUUGAAGGAUUGAAAACAAAUUAUCCUGAUGUGAUCAUAGUUUACGGUGACUAUUACAAAGCAUUCAUGUCGAUCUAUCAGAACGCUCAGUCUCUUGGUGAGUUUCUUUUCAAGAUCCUUGUAAAUGGUAGAGAAACUAUACGGGGCCCAGCACAAAAUUAAUGCUUACAUCAUCGUCUCCUUCUUUUUCUAAAUAGGUUUUGAUACGAAGUCGAUGCAAAAAGCGUGCUGCGGGACUGGUGGUGAUCAUAAUUUUAGCCUGAUGAGAAUGUGUGGAGCUCCUGACGUUCCGGUUUGUCCAAAGCCUGAUCAAUACAUCAGCUGGGAUGGAGUUCAUUUGACACAAAAGGCUUAUCAACACAUGGCUGAAUGGCUUAUCAACGAUAUCUUUCCAAAGCUUCAAUGCAGUGCUUGAUGUGAAAGUUCUGUUCUCACCAAGACAUGGACUUGAUAGCAUGAAGCUCUUAAUUUUGUCUACAAUUAAGCUUGUAAAAAUAUUGUUGUCUUUGAAUUCAAAAGGGACCUCACAAGGUUGUUUGUAACUCUAAUUAUUCAUUUUUCAAAUCACCAGCUCUUGAUGCUUGUAUUCAAACCCACCACAGAGAAGGAUCGUGAAGAACUAAAAAACAUCCAGACCACAUCAUAUGAUAUAUUAAGCAUUUCAUAUGUUAAAAUUUGGAACCAAGAGGUCCAGCUUCCUCAAAAUCUUGAAACUCUGGAAGUAAGGAGUUGUGACAGUUUGAUCAAUUUAGC